AUGUAAGAAUAAUCAAAUUUCCAAAUUUCAUUUUCUUAUCAAAUUGCAACUGAAUAAACCAUAUUGAGUGGCAUUCAAUCAUAAUUGGAAUAAUUAAAAUUAGAUUAGGUAUUAAAUAUAAUUAUUGAUUUUAGUUUUGUUUAAAAAUUAAAUAAAGAUUUCGUUUUGUUUCUUAUAAAUUAGGUAGCACCUUAUUUAAUUAAAAAAUUUAUAAUUAAAAUUUGAUAAAAUUAUAUUUUAAACUUGUUUUUAAAAAUAAAAUCAUGCAGUAACAUUUAGGUUCUGUGGAUUUUUUUAACAUUUAAACCAUAAUAAAAUCAUUACUAUAAACUCAAAUACUGAAAAUGUUAUUAAUAUUACUAUUAAGAAAAUUCUGA